UGGGUGUCAGUCUGUAUAAAAGCUCUAAACUCCGAGGCACACGGCACUUCCAGAAAACCUUUUUUUCCGGAGAGACCAAAAGAAAGGCUGCUCUUCCGUUGUAGCGUCCCGCGGCUCUCCAGCACAGCUCUCUCGCCUACGCAUCUUGAAACCAGAGACCAUGACAGAGAGGCGCAUCCCUUUCACCCUGCUCCGGACCCCGAGUUGGGACCCGUUCCGGGACUGGCACCAGGGCAGCCGCAUCUUCGACCAAACCUUCGGCAUGCCGACCCUGCCUGAGGAAUUCCCCUCUUUCCCCACCACUCACUGGCCCGGAUACAUGCGGCCCUCCAUCCUGGCCCCUGACAUGAACACCAUGAUGGCCCAGAGCAUGAUGGCACCAAACCCGGUGAUGGCCUCUGCUGCCGCGAUGGCCCAGCAAGCCCAGCAGGCCCAGCAGGCCCGCGCGUUCACCCGCCAGCUGAGCAGCGGCGUGUCGGAGAUCAAGCAGACGCCGGACAACUGGAAGGUCACUCUGGACGUCAACCACUUCUCCCCCGAGGAGCUGGUGGUGAAGACCAAAGAUGGCGUCGUGGAGAUCACUGGCAAGCACGAAGAGAGGAAAGACGAGCACGGCUUCAUAUCCAGAUGCUUCACGAGGAAAUACACGCUGCCCACGUCCACCGACGCGGAGAAGGUGACGUCCUCGCUGUCCCCCGAAGGCGUGCUGACCGUGGAGGCUCCUCUUACCAGACCGGCUAUUGAGGCCGCUGAGGUCUCCAUCCCCGUCAACGUGGUGGCCAAAACCGACUCCUCAAAGAAGGAGGAAAAACACUGAUGUCUAUCUCCAUGUUAUCGCACACACACACACACACACACACACACACACAGAGUUCCCACAUUUUUGCCAUCCCUCCGUAAAACAGGAGGGUUUAGGGAGCAGCUUAUCGCUGCCUCAAGAUGUAAGCUUUCCUCUGAAGUCGACUUGCCCCUGCGUGCCAAGCUCGUUGUGGGAGGGAAGCGAGGGGAUUGCCCUCGCGGCGGCGGCGGCGGCGGCGGCGCGCCUCCUUCUGCUGCUGAUAACGAGCCAACCCCGGCUGUGCACCCUGUGUAAACACAUCUGCACCAGUGCCACAUGCCUGCUCUUUCUGCUGUAAUUACACCCUUCAUUUGAAUCCAGAUAAUCCCCAGCUAGCUAGCUCCGCCCACAAACGCUCUUCCCCUUUGUCGCCAUGCUCGCUCUACACAUCACAUCACAUCACACAUACACACACACACACACACACACACACACACACACAAUGCAAGUCCUGAUCCUUCCUCAUCUGAUGCAGCACAAGUAUUGCCAUUACAAAUAGGCCCCGCACAGAGUAUAGCCCUGCAAGGAGUAAACUCAACCUCUCUCUCUCUCUCUCUCUCUCUCUCUCUCUCUCUCUCUCUCUCUCUCUCUCUCUCGCUCGCUCGCUCCCUCUCUCUCACUGCCUGUUGUGUUCAAUCACUCUUUUGUCAGUUAAGACUUGUAGAAGACUGUUGUUCACCUGGACUUGGCUUUAAACUUCUAUUCAUUUAUACAAACUGAGAAUAAAGAACCCACCAGCA